AUGGCCGCCACGUCGCGACGCCGCUCGACGCAUGGUCUCACAUCUUCUGGCUCGUCGACGCAGCUUGCGCGACGCGGCUCCUCGUCUAGGCUCGGCGGUGCUCGAGGCCGUUUCGACCCGAGCCUCAUGAUGUCUUCCAAUGCCGCUCCAUCCAACGGUAUCCGCGACCGUUCGCCUCAUGCUGCCGAGUACGCCGAGAAUGACGAUGAUGCUUCAGCUCAGGACAAGACUGCUACACGUCGUGGUAAGUCGACCGAUCGUCUUCAGCGCUCGAGAGACAGCAGCUCGCACCUCAGCGGCAAACGUUCCAAGUCUUAUACGCAUCUCGGCAUGACCGCUGACGAUGGCACCGCCGCCAGACGGCGCAAAGCAACUAGCAAAAAGGGCAAGAGCCAGCGCACAGAGGCCGAGGACGGCUGGACCAGCGCUAGUGCCGAAAACACGCCUAGCGACCGUAGCGCUGACGCUUCUCCCUCCAGCAGCCCGGGAGAUGAGGGAUUGGUGUUGGGCAUCAAGAAGCGUCCAGCCAAUCCUACACAGACUGCGACCAAAAACCCUAAGACCACUUUGCCCGAUCCCAAAAAGGAACCGUUUCCGCAACUGCCCGACACGCCCAGAGCCAGCGCAAGGGUGCUUGAACCCGAGAAUGGAUACAGAACGCAUGAGACAACAUCGUCCAAGCCCGUCGCACCUCCUGCUCAGUUGGAUCGUCAAGACACUUCGAAGACGCUGGUAGGCGGUCGAAACGACGAUGCGGUAGCAGCUGAAGUGGCAUCGCGGCAAGCAGCACCUUCACGAGUGAUGGCCGAAACCGACUCGCUCGAUCCAAGAUCGUCUUUGGUCAAGCUUGAGGUUUCUCCGUCGUCUGCAAAGACUGGAUAUCGAACAGCUGCUCCACUUGAACUAGAUCCCGCCAACCACGCGCGCCAUCAACGCGUCUUGUCCAACGCUUCAAACCGUACGCUGCGCUCGUCGAUGCCAGCCGUGUCUUCGCCAUCGUCGGUACGAUCCAAAUCGUCGGUGCUAUCAAAUCGGUUUCCGCUGUUUUCUCGAGAGGCGCAAGCUGCGGCACCGCCCAUGUUGGACACACACAACGCGCUUGCCGGCCGUCUAGGUGCGCGACACGAGGAUCGUGGCGAUCUUCUAGCCCCCAUGGUAGGCCCAAGUCGAGGCGCGCAAAGUGUGAGUGCGAUGACGUCGAGCACCAGUGCACCGGUCGGACUGGAUCAGUUGCCGCACGCAUCUCUCGUCAACCGUUCCAACACGCUCCACAAAGCCGGCUCGAGCAGUGCGCUCAAUUCGAGUGCAGCAACGUCUUUGUCGCUCUCCUCUGUCUCGCAAAAGGCCACUGGUACGGUGGGAUAUGGGUUGCAGCAGCAGCAGCAGCAGCAGCAGGAGGGGCGAUCGGCUCAAGAGACAGCCAACGAUCGCCGGAGGACAGCAAGUACGCAGAGCCUAACGGCGGCAGAUGCGGCCAAGCUAGCAGCAAAGUUGCGACUGGCUCGCGACUCGAUGGACGACCACGGGCUGGGUGGAUACGGUAGUGCGCAACGCGGCGCGCAAGGAUACAAUCCACGACUAGAGCAAUACAAGAAGCCAGUGGUGUCGACGUUUGUCAAGAAUGAUGCUUCCGAGGCGCCACAGGCGAUCGAGGUACAGGCGAAUUCAGUGUACUCCAAGAUGUUCUCACAGGCGCACGACAGCCAAGGAGGCGACGAUGGCGGGCGCCGAAUGAUUCGGUACGUGAUGGGAUAUGGAAUUAGCGGACCACCGAUCGAGAAGAGCCAGCUGUCGGAUGCGCUGCUGGGACCGAACUUGGAUUUGGCAGAUUUCGAAUCGAGCUGGGCACCGGCGUUGGCGUAUGCUGCGGGGUUGGGAGCGGCUGUGCCUCGUGGGAUGCAGACCAAAUAUGCGCUAGUGACGCCGGAAGCGCCGGCUGCUGUGGGUGGGCCUAACUCAACACCGCUGCACCUGAUUCAUGGAUUGACGACGACGUCGCCGGAACCGUUCCCGUUGGAUCCGACGGAUGUGCCUGCUUUGCAGGAGGAAGCGGACGUGUUUGAGAGUCGACCGGUUUCGGAACUGGCGUCGAUCCAGUUGGUGGAUCCGGGCUUGAUCCGAGCAAUUGCUGUGACGACGCAUGCGAUUGCUGUGCAUCGUUCGCACGUCGUUACACGGCGGUAUGCGGACCCGAUGCGCCAAGCACUCGAGCGCGUAGUUCGCUCAUCGGGACGCUAUGUGGCAAAUUGCAAGACGCGCGUCGGCAACAACACGCUCGGAUCCGCCGUAGCGUCGAGGUGGGGCAGGAAAAGCGCACCGAGCAGUCCCGCGGGCUUGCGCCUGGAUACCAGACCGCGCCUGCAGAGCAGAACCACAUCAGAUACCACAGCCGCACACCCUGCAGCUCACCCUACGCACACCAGCGCCUCAAGCAACCUGGCAGGUCAGCUCUACAACCUCGUCGAUGCGGCUGAACAUCCAGUGAGGAGUCUCAAGCGCGUCUGGUCCGGCGGCGUGGCAAGAGGUGGGCUUGUUGCUCUCACUCGAACCGAGGAGGAGCCGUGA